AUGAGACUGCUGCUCCUCAUAGCGGCUAUACUGCCAUGCGUUCUAACACAGGUUCGAGCUCUCGAGGUGUUCAUUCAAAACUUAAUACGUUUCAGUAUUACAUGCAACAACAGAUGCGCCCUGUUGUUCAACCUCAGCAACAGAGGACAAUGUACUACCCAGUUAGGACUAACUGCCAGAACAGAUGUAACCAGCAGACUAGAUACAGAUGGAACAUCAGACCAACAAGUAUGUAGCUGCUUCUUUGAAAAUUUCAACUCGAAGUGUUUCAGAUGUUCGACCAAACGUCCAAGUGCAAAUUCGAACGCUCCCGUCGGCUCCUCAGCCUGCCAGGCCAGUGGUCAACCCGAUCCCUGUCGCACUUCCAGCUCCUGCACCCAGCACCCUCCCACCAAUCACUUAUCCAAGAACAACUGUGACUGUCGAGACACCAGCCCCAUCCACCACCACUCAAACUACUACUGAAACCACAACGACCCAGGUUAGGAGUAAUUUUUUUGCAUCUUUCAAAUUGUAAUAUUUUUAGCCAACGACCACCACCACUCUGGAAACUCCGGCUCCCGAGUCGACCCCAUCCAUGGCUCCGUCGCACACUGAUCCGACUCCAGCUCCGGAGACCACUGCUGCUCCGACAACAAAAUACUUGCGUCCGGAGCGCAAACAAACAUCGAAAGCAAGUAAGUUUUUGCAACCAACCCACCCCAGGUUUUCUUGUAUUGUUUGCCUGCGUGAUUGAACAGUUUAGCCACUUUGACCCGAGGCGUUGGCGUCCACCGGCGUCAAUUCGAACGCGUUUAAAAGCAAGCACUCAAGAUGAUUAUAUGUCAAUAAAUAAACAAAUAGAUACAGUUUCGAAUAGAAUAGCGACCCUUAGAAUGGAAUGCAUCACACCUCACCCGUUUGCCCCCGUUUGCAGAAUACUUCAACCCAUGCGCUGUCGGUCAGCCGCUUCUCAACGAGUUCUCUACGCCCAUCUCAUGCAACUAUUUGAACCAACCAAACGGAGGAUGCCCCGAAGAUCACUACUGUCACACUGGAGCCUCAUUCUCCACAACCGCCUGUUGUCCAUUGGUGACGGCCGAGGACAGAUGUCUGCAGAGAAGGGAGACUGGAGAAGGAGAUGAACUUGUGGCGAGAUGGUAUUAUGACAACCAGGCCAAGGAAUGCAGACGUUUCUUGUACAAGGGAAUCCGCGGAAAUGCUAACAACUUCGUCACAAAAGCUCAAUGUGUGGAUGCAUGUGAAACAGGUUUAGAUAGAUUACUAAACUGUGUCUUUACUUUCUCCGUUAAUCUGUUAUAUUCAGAAGUAGUGAUUGACGAAACGAACCCGUGCAAGUUCAGUAAUGCCGCCAAGUACAAGAACGGAACGCGCAUCAUUUGCGGACCGAACGAUGAUUCGAUGUGUCCGAACGGAUUUUACUGUCAUAUCGGAGAGAACCCGGAACUUACCGCUUGUUGCGAGACUAGUGGACGUCAGUUCUUUUUUCCAUCUAGCCGCCGCUUUAUUUGUCCACUUCAUCCUUACCUAACUCUGUUGUUUAUUUUCAUUUUACAGUGACCGAUCCGUGCUUGCUCUCGAUCAACGUGGGACAAGGAAAAGCGCUCCUCAAGAGAUUCUACUACAAUACCUUCUCAAAACGAUGCACCGAGUUCGUGUACAAAGGAACCAAAGGAAAUGAGAACAACUUCUUGUCAAACUCCCAGUGUCAAGAGAAAUGUCAAAGUAUGAACCCUGAGGCUGCGAAUAAUUCUAGAAACAAAAUAUUUGCCUUGCAGAGUGGGAUAAUCCGUGUCCAGUUCCAGUCAAUUACGCUCAGAAAAAAGAAUGCGGAAUAGAGAACAACAACGGAACAACAGAGUGCAGUGCCGGACAAUGGUGUCACAUUGGAGCCACCAAGGAAACAUCCGUCUGCUGUCCGGGAGCCUCCCCAGAUCCAUGCUCUCUGCCCAUGUUCACCGGAGAAGGAACUGGAAAUCUCACGAGAUGGUAUGCUGACCCCGCUGAUAAGUCCUGCAGCAGACAAUGCAAGUCGUUCACUUACAAUGGAUCCAAGGGAAAUCAGAACAAUUUCCUUACCAAACAGCAAUGCGAAUCCAAGUGCAAACGAGAGUGCAAGAACCCCUGUGGAUCUGGAACUAUGCUCAUGACCCCGACCAAUGAACCGCGCACAUGCAGCCCCGGCUCACCAUGCCCCAGUUCUCACUGGUGUCACGUCGGAAUCACUCCAGACACCACUGUUUGUUGUUCGGCUGUCCAAAACACAUGCGAGCUGCCAAUGACGAAGGGAUACGGAAACUCUCAUCUUACUAGAUGGCACUUUGAUAAGAACCUCAACAAAUGUGUCAAAUUCAUCUAUAGUGGAGAGGGUGGAAAUCAGAACAUGUUCCUGACUCAGGAGGAUUGUUUGUCGGUCUGUCCAAUCUUUGAAAAUCCGUGCGGAAACGGCAAGCCACUUUUGAUCGGAUCCAAGCCGAAAUUGUGUUCGCCCGAUGAGAGAUGCCCAUCCACUCAUUUCUGCCACAUUGGAGUUGAAGGAUCGGACAACUAUUGCUGCCCCAAACGUAAUUUUCAAGUUGAAUAACAUAAUUGACAUAAUAUUAUUGCAGACGGUGACCCAUGUCAACAAGGACUUGCUACUGGAACUGGAGGAUUCUCCAUCACCAGAUAUUACUACGAUAAAGAAACCCGUCGCUGCCGUGAUUUCAUUUACGAGGGACAAAAAGGAAAUGCCAACAACUUCUUGACCCUUGAGGAUUGCGGUCUUGUUUGUCCAGGUAAAACUUUACAACUAUAAUUCACAGUUCAGAAAAGACGUUUUGUUUUUCAGUCCUUCCAAACCCGUGCAAUCUUGGGGAGCCGCUUUUGAGUCUGCAGAAAGAGCCAGUGAUUUGCGGCGGAGAAGACACCUGUCCGAACGGAUACUAUUGUCAUGUUGGAGGAGCGCCCGAAACCACCAACUGCUGUCCUGGAAGUGAGCGGAAGCGGACAAAGAGCCAGUGAUCACAUCGAACUCUUUUCUUUUCAGCCCGCCGCCCAUGUGACCUUCCGCUGGAAGUCGGACAAGGAGUCGAGAAGCUCGAACGUUGGUUCUUCGAUGGAGGAAUUCAAAUGUGUCGGCCAUUUGUUUACAAGGGAAUGAAAGGAAACUCGAACAAUUUCCUGACCAAACAAUCGUGUCGUCAGGCUUGUAAAGAAAUGAACCCGUGCGGUUAUGGAGACCCACUGGUCGACACGGCCGGAGAACGUAUUUUGUGUACUGGUGGACAGAGACUCGAUAGCUGCCCGCAAAACAGUUACUGCCACGUUGGAUCCAGUGCUCUGACCACUUUGUGCUGCCCGAAGAGAAGUACAUCCAUUUCUACAUUUGCUUUUCAACUUUCCACAACAUUUCUUUUCCAGAGAUCGACCCAUGCGAUCAAAUCGUGGAGGAGGGAAAUGGCGCUGAAGACUUGCCAAGAUGGUUCUUCGAUAGAAAACAGAACAGAUGCGCUCCGUUCACUUAUGGAGGAAUCGCAGGAAACGAGAACAAUUUCAUCAGCCAGAACACUUGCAUGGAGGCCUGUCCGGAGUACAGGAACUACUGCCCGCACGGAAUUCCGUUGAUCGAGGGAUCAACAGUAACUUCUUGCGGAAUUGACAAAGGAUGUCCGGAAGGAUUCAUUUGCCACAUGUCUUCGGAAUUCAACGUUUCAAUCUGUUGUCAGGUGCGUGACAACUCAUUCGCUCGAGUUUUAUUUGAUAUUGUUACAGGAUCCAAUGGACUUCUGUCUUUCCGCUCGUGACUCUGGGCCAUGCGAUAACUUUGAGAAACGAUACGGUUACGACGCGAACACGGACACGUGUGUCGAGUACCAAUACGGAGGCUGCGAAGGAACUCUCAACAACUUCCACUCGCUGCAAAGAUGUACCGAAAUCUGUUGCAAAGAGUACAAGAGAAGACACCGAUUGUGA